AUGAAUACAUUUGUAACAAUUAUGUGUUUUGCUUUGGUAGCAACGGCAGCAGCCAAACCUGGCUACAACUAUCAACAACCAAAACCAGUUGUAAAACAAACAUUCCGUCCAUCAGCACCAAUUAGUAACAGUGGCAUUUACUCAGUCCAACAGGCUCCCCCAUUGACCUCAUUCAAUGUUCAGUCUCAAAGCCAGCAAAUCAAGCAAAACUAUGUUGCAUCUGUACCCGCUCCAGGACCAGUUCCCCAAUUCGCUCCUCAGCCAAUUGAAGUAGCCGCUCCUCCAGCUCAAUAUUCUCAACAACAAUUUGCUACACCUGUCCAACUAUAUGCUCCUUCAGCUCCUCAAUUUGCUGGCCCAGCUCCUCAGUAUGUUGCUCCCGUACAACAACAAGCUGUAUAUGCUCCUACUUCUCAAGUAUCUUCCUCCUCCCAGUACAAUUAUCAACCUCAACAACAAACCAUUGUCUCAAAGGAUAUCUAUAUUCACUCUGCUCCUGAGGAAACCGAAGAAAUCGGCAACGAUUUAGGUGCUGAAGCUGGACCCCUCCGCAAGAACUACCGCAUUGUGUUCAUCAAGGCCCCAAGCCAAAACUUGAAACUCAAUUUGAACUCUCUUAAGCGCGCUCAAGCUUCCAACGAAGAAAAGACUGUCAUCUAUGUGUUGUCCAAGAAACCCGACCUUGCCAACAUCCAAAGCCAAUUGUCUGCCGUACAAACCGAACAAAAGGCCCAUAAACCCGAAGUUUACUUUAUCAAGUACAAGACUCAAGAAGAAGCCAACCGUGCUCAACAAGAAAUCCAAGCCCAAUACGAUGCUUUGGGUGGUUCCACUCAUAUUUCCGAUGAAGGUAUCGCUCCCGUCACCUCGGUCAUUGGUGGUGGUCCCGUCAACGUUGGCUCAGUUGGUCCUUCUUUCGCCAGUGGCUCAAGUAAUGUUCCUGUUUUCUCCAGUGGUUCAGUUAAUGGUCCUUCUUUCGGUGGCAGCUCCAACUUUGUGCAAUCUGCUAGCAGCAACCAACAACAAUUCGUGCAACAAUCUUUCCAAGGUAGCCAAGGUUCUGCUUCUAAUGUUAGCUUUGGCGUUGAAGCUCCCAACCACAAGUACUUGCCUGCUCAAAAGAAAUAG